AUGUGUGUGAAUGGGAGUCAGCAGCGCGAGGAGUGAUGGAGACUGCCUUCAUAGUUACUGGAACUUAUUUUUAUUACCUCUGAAAGUAGGAGGCUCGUCUACUGAUUCUCUAGCUUGGAAUAUUUCUUUGGUGCUCAUUAUUGUUAUUUCUUAUUUUUCACAGCUCAGCCAGCGGAUUAGGGUGAUUUUGGGGGAGAGGAGAGGCUGUUUUACCCUUCUCUCCUCACCACUAUAACACCUGAACAACCUUUUUCUUUUCAGUUCUUUUUUAUGCUUCAUUACAUCUUUUUUGGUCCCGUGUCGGAUUCUUUGGAGGAUUAAUAAAAAGAGAAAUCCCAGAACAGCUGGAUUGGGUUUGUUUCUGCUUCAUCUCCAACUCAGCGGGACUGGAGCAGCAUGGAGCUGCUUUGGCUUGGAUGUGGAGGUGUUUGGAGGGUGCUGGCUCGGAGGAGGACAGGAGGACUCUACCUGCUCCUGGUCUCCUGGCUGCUGGGAGCGCACGCCACUGCGCACGAUGCCCCUUCAUCGACUUCCUCCUCUUCAGCUAAUGCUGGUUUCGUGGACUUUAGCUUCACCCGGGAGCCUCAGGACAUGGUGACGGUGCGAGGCGGUGUGCUGCAGCUUGACUGCCAGGCUCAAGCGGAUUCAGUGGCAGGACCUCCUACCAUCAUGUGGCGUAAAGACGGCGUGCUGCUCAGCACAGUGGUGGACGAGCGGAGGCAACAGUUGGGAAAUGGUACGCUACUGGUGCACAAUGUGGUGCACUCACGGCACCACCGGCCCGACGAGGGAGAGUAUCAAUGCCUCGCCACACUGGACGGGCUAGGGAGCAUCGUGAGCCGGACAGCAAGGGUCACUGUGGCCGGACCUCUGAAAGUGAUCGUCCCCACGGAGUCGGUCUCUUCCUACUUGGGGGAUACUGCCCUGUUGUGCUGUGAGGUCUCAGGAGACCCAACGCCUGUCAUAAGAUGGCAGAAGAACCGGGAGGACCUGCCACUGAGCUUGGAGCUCGACUCCCGCCUCGCAGUGCUGCCGUCCGGCUCGCUGCAGGUGAGCCGAGUUCAACCUCCGGACUCAGCUACGUACCGCUGUCUGGCUGACAACCCUGGCAGCACCAGGACGGGGAUGGAUGCAGAGCUGCGAGUGCUCCCAGAACCUGGUGUAAGCAGGAACCUGCAGUUCCUCCAGCGUCCGUCCAGAGUAACUGCUCUGCUGGGAACAGAUGCCGUGCUGGAAUGUUCCGCCUCAGGCUACCCGACGCCGAGCAUCCAAUGGAGAAGAGGCGAUGAAGUGAUACAGAGCUGGAAUAAGAAGUACUCUCUGCUGGCCGGCAGUAAUCUGAUCAUCAGGAGUGUGACUGACGAUGAUUCUGGCAGCUACAGCUGUUCAGCCAGCAACAAGAACCACAACAUCACUGCGUACGCAGAGCUCAGCGUAUCGGUGCCUCCUCAGUUCCUGAACUACCCCACGAACACGUACGCCUACGAGUCCACCGACAUCGAGUUGGAAUGUGCUGUGACAGGAAAUCCGCUGCCAACCGUCCGUUGGAUGAAGAACGGGGAGGAAGUCAUCCCCAGUGACUAUUUUCAAAUAGUGGAUGGCAGCAACCUGCAGAUUUUGGGUUUGGUGAAGUCAGAUGAAGGAUUUUAUCAGUGCGUUGCUGAGAAUUCGGCCGGCAGCUCUCAGGCCAUGGCUCAGCUGCUGCUCCGAGAGCCAGUGUCCCCCAGCCCAGGCGUUGCCCUUCCCUCUGCCCCCCGCGACCUGGUCCCUGUCCUAGUGUCCAGCCGAUUCGUCCGACUCAGCUGGCGCCCUCCAGCGGAGACAGGAGGAGGUGUGCAGACCUAUGGUGUCUAUUAUUCCCAGGACGGAGUUGAGAGGGAGAGGUCAGUGAACGUGUCAGAGCCGGAGUCUCUGGAACUGACGGUUUCCAACCUGAAACCAGAGGAGAGCUACACCUUCAGAGUAAUCGCUUACAAUGAGGUGGGGCCUGGAGAGAGCUCCGCCCCCCUCAGGAUCACCACCAAGCCAGACCUGCAGGUUCCCAGCAGGGUGGAGUCUCUCCGAGCUCUGGCUCUGUCUCCGACAUCCAUCCAGGUGAGCUGGGAGCCUCCCAACUAUCCCAAUGGGCCCAUUCUGGGAUACAGACUACUGUGGACCGAAAGCCCAUCUGGCAAGGAGCAGAGCGUGGAGGUGAGUGGACUCAACUACAAGAUGGAUGGACUCAACAAGUUCACAGAAUACACGGUUCGGGUUUUAGCAAUGAACCGCUACGGACCAGGAACCGCAUCUGAGACCGUCAGCAUCACCACCCACUCAGACGUGCCCGGUGCUCCUCCUCAGAACAUCACCUUGGAGGUUGUCCUGUCCAGGAGCAUCAAAGUGUCCUGGCAGCCGCCCCCACGCAGCGCCCAGAAUGGCGUCAUCACUGCUUACAAGAUCAAAUACAGGAAGACUGGUCGCCGUGGAGACCAGGAGGCCAUUGAACCCAACAACUUCUGGUACCUGUUCUCAGGCCUGGAGAAAGGCAGCCAGUACAGCUUCCAGGUAGCAGCGAUGACUGUAAAUGGAACCGGUCCUGCCAGUGAGUGGACCACUGCAGAGACACCGGAGAACGAUCUGGAUGAGAGCCAGGUGCCUGACCAGCCUAGCUCUCUGCAUGUCAGACCCCUUCCCAACAGCAUCAUCAUGUCCUGGACUCCUCCGCUCAGCCCAAACAUCCUGGUGCGAGGUUACAUCAUCGGUUACGGAGUGGGAAGUCCCUAUGCCGAGACAGUCCGGGUGGACAGCAAGCAGAGAUACUACUCCAUCGAAAACCUUGAGCCCAGCUCACACUAUGUGAUUUCCCUGAAGGCGUUCAAUAAUGCUGGAGAGGGAGUUCCUCUGUACGAGAGUGCCGUCACACGAUCUCUGACAGACCCCAUAGACCCAUUAGAAGAUGACCUCUUCCAUCUCUUUGAUAAAUACCCCACUCCCAUGCCAGACACCAGCACUCCCAUGAUCCCCCCAGUGGGGGUCCAAGCUGUCGCUCUAUCUUCGGACUCCGUCCGUGUUUCCUGGGCUGACAACUCCAUGACGAAGAACCAGAAGUCCUCUGAGGUCCGGUACUACUCUGUCAAGUGGAAAUCAAGCUUCUCUACCAGUGGAAAAUACAAGUCUGCAGACACCACAGCUCUCAGCCACACCGUCACCGGCCUCAAACCAAACACCAUGUAUGAGUUUGCUGUCAUGGUAACCAAAGGUCGCAAGUCCAGCACCUGGAGUAUGACGGCGCAUGCCACGACGUAUGAAGCAGCUCCUAGCUCUGCCCCCAAAGAUCUGACCGUGAUCAGCCGCGAGGGACGUCCUCGAGCCGUGCUAAUCAGCUGGCAGCCACCUAUGGAGGCUAAUGGACGAAUCACAGGUUACAUCCUGUAUUACACGCUGGAUAAGAAUAUUCCCAUAGACGACUGGGUGAUGGAGGCCAUCAGCGGCGACCGGCUGACCCACCAGGUCGUGGAUCUGAACCUCGACACUGUUUAUUACUUCAGGAUUCAGGCCAAAAAUGCCAAAGGGGUCGGCCCCCUGUCCGAGCCAAUCCACUUCAAGACGGCCAAAGUGGAGCACCCAGACAAGAUGGCCAAUGAUCAAGGUCGUGGAGGUGAACACACCUACUGGCCGUCUGACACCAACCUGAUUGACAGGAGCAGCAUCAACGAGUCGCCCAUUGCGAUGCGCCCCCCUCACGGCAGCGUCACGCCCCAGAAGAACAGUAACCUCCUGGUCAUCAUUGUGGUGUCUGUUGGGGGGGCGUCACCGUGGUCGUGGUGCGUGAUUGUGGCUCUCAUCUGCACCCGCCGCUCCUCUGCCCAGCAAAGGAAGAAGAGAGCGAGCCACAGCUCCAGCAAGAGGAAGGGCAGCCAGAAGGACCUUCGGCCUCCGGACCUGUGGAUCCACCACGAGGAGAUGGAGAUGAAAAACAUGGAAAAGGCUCCCAGUGUUGCCCCGUCUGGACGGGACUCACCCAUCCAGUCCUGCCAAGACCUCCCUCAGGUGGCACACAGCCAAUCAGAGAGCCAGAUGGGAAGCAAGAGCAGUCACUCAGGGGCGGAUGCUGACGAGGCCUCCAGCAGCAUCUCCACGCUGGACCGCUCCCUGGCCGCCAGGAGGGGAACGAGAGGAAAAAUGAUGAUUCCCAUGGACUCACAGCCGAGUAACACGCCCGUGGUCAGCGCCAUCCCGGUGCCUGCUCUGGACUCCUCUCAGUAUCCGGGGAUCCUGCCUUCACCUUCCUGUGGCUUCACACACAACAAGUUCAGCCUGAGGUCCAUGCCUUUCCCCAGCCUGACUGUGGACAGAGGAUACACAGCAGAUUCCACCAGUCCUCUCCUCCAGCAGCCUCCACCUCAGCAGACUGCCCCCCUCCUCCCUGGUGUGUCGGCUCCUCCUGGGGAGCACAUCCCCCCGGUUGGUCCAGUUCCAGGGGCGCCAGCUACUGCUGUUAGCACUGAGGAGGCCCAGCCGGGAAGCAAUCGGACCAUUCCCACGGCCUGCGUACGGCCCACCCACCCGCUACGAAGCUUCACCAACCCACUGCUUCCACCACCCAUGGGGACCAUUGACCCGAAGGUGUACACCUCCAUGAUGACCCAGUCCACCGGCAGCCUUCCGAAGCCCCAGGUGAAGACGGCGUCUUUGGGUCAGGCCGGUAAAGCUCGCUCUCCAUUGCUGCCCGUCUCAGUUCCCACAGCUCCGGAUGUACAGGAAGAAGGACCGAAGCUUCCAGAGGAUCCAGCUGCCAACGUUUACGAGCAGGACGACCUGUCGGAGCAGAUGGCCAGUCUAGAGGGGCUGAUGAAGCAGCUCAAUGCCAUUACCGGCUCUGCCUUCUAACCCCUGGCCCUAGCCCAAGUUCAGCUCAGCUCGGAGCCAUGGACCACUCUGGAUAUCUUCCACAAGCCUCCAUGUCACCUUGUGUUCAUUCUCUAUGGACAUCGAAAGGGUCGCUAUGGGCCUGAGGAUGCCCCAGAUCUCUGUUUCUCCUGGCCUGGGCUUGUAUCUGCUGGCUCUGGGAAUCGGACAUAAGGGAAUAAAACUGAUUUUAAACACUGCAACCGAACAGCGAUAACUCCAGGAACAGCUUCUUCAGGAGAUCAAACUGAAACCCCUCUGCAUUCUUCAACCUCAAACACAUAACUGGAAAAUGCAAUGCCUUGCACCUCCACUUGAUCAGGAAGAAAGGAAUAUUAGAAAAAAAGAAGUUCUAAGAUCCCUCCUCUUUCUACUGUUUGUGGUAUUUAUUAGCUUGCUCCAUUAAGCUUUCCUUAACUGAGUUACAAUGACUGUAUCUCUCUUACUUGCAACUGCUGUUAACAUUAUUCUUUCAUCUUUGAGGUUUUGUUUGGGUUUUUAACUUUUCCAGGAUGUGUAUUUGUGUAAAAAAAAAAAAAAAAAAAAAAAAAACACUGUCAGACACCUACAGCUGAAAGGAGAAAAACAUCCUCAGCCACCAAA